AUGAGUGUAGGAACUCAAGAUCCUGUUAUACUUUCAAGACUUCAAUUGGCAAGAGCUUUAAAAGAAGAUCUUGAUAAUAUUAAUGCUGAGCCACCUGAAAAUAGUGCUAUAUUCAUAAGGCAAAGAACCGCAAGGAACUCAAGAGUAAAUAGUACCCAGAGUAUCCGUCGUAGUAGUUAUAGUAAUAAUAAUAGUGUCGACAACGACGUUGAUGAAGAUGAAGAGAUAUCUGUCUACUAUCUACCCAAACCAAAAAAUCUAAUUGUUCCUCCUGUCCUAGCAAAAAACGAUGAUAAAAAAAAUAAUAACGGUAAUGCCUCUAAUUCAGGAAAUUGGUAUUUUCUCAAACCAGUGCUUUCAGGAUUAUCUUUACAACCAAUUGUGGCAAACAUCAAACAAUAA